CUGUCUGUCCUGCGGUCACAGUCGACCCUCCAUCUGCACAGCCGAAACCAGAGAGAGGAGACGCCAUGGCCCCCACACUCACAGCCCUGCUCUGUCUCGGGCUGAGUCUGGGCUCCAGGACCCAAGCACAGACAGGGACCCUCUCCAGACCCACUGUCUGGGCUGCGCCAAGCUCUGUGAUACCUUGGGGGACAUCUGUGACCAUCUGGUGUCAGGGGAGCCUGGAGGCCCAGGAGUACCGCCUGCAUAAAGAGGGGAAGUUAGAGACCUGGGACAGACAGAAGCCACUGGGAUCCAAAGACAAGGUCAACUUCCCCAUCACACACAUGGCAGACGUAUAUGCAGGAAGAUACCGCUGUGACUAUCUCAGUCCCACUGGCUGGUCAGAGCCCAGUGACCCCCUGGAGCUGGUGGUGAUGACAGGAUCCCAGGGCAAAUCCAGCCUCUCAGCCCUGCCCAGCCCUGUCGUGACCUCAGGAGGGAACGUGACCCUCCUUUGUGCCUCACGGAUGGGAUUCCACAGGUUUGUCCUGAUGAAGGAAGGAGAAGGUCAGCCCUCCUGGACCCUGGUCUCCAGGCCAGCCCCCCAUGGGGGGACCCAGGCCCUGUUCCCUGUGGGCCCCGUGACCCCCAGCCUCAGGUGGACGUUCCGAUGCUACGGCUAUUACAGCAACACCCCCCAGGUGUGGUCGGCCCCCAGUGACCCCCUGGAGCUGCUGGUCUCAGGUGUGUCGGGGAAGCCCUCCCUCCUGACCCAGCAGGGCCCUGUCGUGACCUCUGGACAGAGGCUGACCCUCCAGUGUCACUCUGAUGUCGGCUACGACAGAUUCGCUCUGUCCAAGGAGGGGGCACCUGACCUUCCACGGCGGUUUGGCCGGCAGACCCAGCCUGGGCUCUCCGGGGCAAACUUCUAUCUGGGCCUGGUGAGACCCUCCCACGGGGGCCGGUACAUGUGCUACGGUGGACACAACCUCUCCUCCGAGUGGUCGGCCCCUAGUGACCCCCUGGACAUCCUGCUCGCAGGACAACUGCCCUACACACCCUCUCUCUUGGUGCAGCCGGGACCCACGGUGGCCCCAGGAGAGAAUGUGACCCUGCUGUGUCAGUCACGGAGCCCUGUGGACACUUUCCUUCUCUCCAAGGAGGGGGCAGCCCAUCCCCCGCUGCGUCUUAGAUCACAGUACCGAGCUGGGCAGCACCAGGCUGAAUUCCCCAUGAGUCCUGUGACCUCAGCCCACGGGGGGACCUACAGGUGCUACGGCUCCACCAGCACCUCCCCCUACCUGUUGUCACAGGCCAGUGACCCCCUGGAGCUCCUGGUCUCAGGCUUGGACCCCAGAGAUUACACGGUGGAGAAUGUGACCCGCAUGGGCGUGGCUGCCUUGAUCCUGGUGGUCCUCGGGAUUCUGCUGCUAGAGGCUCAGCACAGCAAGAGAAGGACCCCAGACACAGCCAGGAGCUAAACACGAGGGGGAGCAAAGCCACCAUUCCGUGUGGCAGAGCUGUGGGCAUGCAUCCCAGGUGCCCAGAGGGAUCUGGAGGAAAGUCUGCAGCUCACCCUCACUGAUCUGUCUGCUGACAACAUCGAGGGGGAGCAUGGUUCAGGUGCAGGACAUGUCUGGGCUGCUCCCUGUCCAGGACUCAUCCCCCGUGACCUGUGGUGCUUUCCCUCGUGCAUUGUUGGACAUCCUUGACUGCCCCCGUCUUUCCUCAUCCCUG